GCUGAACGAUAGAUGGUUCCGUUUAGACGAGGCCCUUGUCAGUGCAUUUGUCGAGCGAUGGCGUCCGGAGACGCACACGUUUCAUAUGCCGUUCGGAGAGUGCACGAUCACACUCCAGGACAUGGCAUACCAGUUGGGUUUGCCAGUGGACGGGCGUUACGUGAGCGGCUGCCUAUCAGAAUUCCAGAUAUACAUCCAGGGUGGCCGUCCAGCCUGGGUGUGGUUCUAGGAGUUGCUUGGAGUGAUUCCUCCUCCCAGCCAGGUUCAGAAGUACGCAAUGAACUGCAGUUGGUUCCAGGAGACUUUUGGUGAGUGCCCCGAGGGAGCCGAUGACGAGACUGUGCGGCGAUAUGCCCGUGCGUACAUCAUGAUGUUGUUGGGUACGCAGCUGUUUGCGGACAAGUCUGGCAACCGCAUUCACAUCAGAUGGCUUCCCUACGUAGCUAGGCUGGAGGAGAUGGAUACCUACAGCUGGGGUUCUGCAGCACUGGCAUGGUUGUACCGGUGCAUGUGCCGAGUUGCGAACAGACAUGUGGUCAAGUUAGUGGGCCCACUUCAGCUACUUCAGUCUUGGAUCUUCUGGCGAUUUCCUCGGUUUAGGCCUGCAGGGUAUGAGACGUUCAGCUGGCCAUUGGCCUCAAGGUGGUCCGGGUACAACCCUUCCGGUAGCGAGAAGGGUCCUAGAGUGCAGAUGUGGAGGCUGAGGAUAGACCGGUUACAGGACAGGGAGUUUAUCUGGAUGCUGUACAGCAGCCCCGACGUACUUCAGGUUGUGCAUCCAGAGGCUUUGGAGCCCCGGCAUAUGGUGUUGUGGUGGUCUGUGACGUCGCUGAUCUACUUUACCGUCAUAGAGUGGCAUCAGAUAGAUAGGAUUCUUCCGCAGUUCGGAGGGGUGCAGCCCCGUCCGAACCCCGCCCUGAACAUCGACUUUCUGAUGUCGAAGGACGGCAGAGGCGGUGAUCGAUAGUUCCCAUACCAUUUGUAGAAGUGGCAUCUAUAUUGGGACGACCGUGCGGAGACCGUGCUGAGGUUCGAUGUUGUUGCCGACCCUGGACCGUCGCAUGAGUUCCUCGAGUGGUGGAGUCAGCAUGGAAAGAGGUUCUUGUCUCCGGAUAUGCACUUGGGGGAUCCGAGAGCCGUUCCUAUUCCAGUUGAGGCCUCACAGCGGGGUGCUGGGCGAGUUCCUGACAUGGAUCGUCCUGAGGACGUGCCGGACAAACGGCGGGUUGAGAGGAGAGCUCGUGUGGGGACACGACGGAGCCAGCGU